AUGGACCCGGCAAAAUAAUAUUUAGUUAAUUGUGUUUAGGCCCUUCUUAAUUUACCUCAAACUCCUCAAGGAUUGGCAUCGGGGCAAACAUUAGAUAAAUUUAUGAUUGGGCAGGAGAAAAAAUGUUUGAUUCUUUAAUACAUGCAAGGAUAAGGAUUAAAAUUGUUUAACCCUGAUGAAUUGAAUCCACAAACUAAAUUGAUUGCCAUAAGUAAGAUUGAUACGGAUGUAAUAACUGAGGAUAAUUAUUUCACUAAUCUUACAGUCUAAUUAUUAUCACCUAAUGUGGUAACAGAAUUAAGUUCACAUUUAUCUUUGAUAUAUUAACCAUUGAUGGGAGCUGGGGUUGAUGAAAAAAUUAAAAAAAAGUUAUCAGGAUUCAAGCAGGUGUUAUAAGGACUUUAAGAUAAUGAUAUCGACAAUGUAUAAAUAGAAUAGAGAAAUGUAAGUCGACCAAUUGAUGAAAUAGAAUAAUGGUUGAGAAUUUCAUAAUCUGCAACAAGUUCAGAAAGUUAAUAAAGAGCUGCCAAUCAAAUUUGUCAGGUCUACUAAAAGGUUACUUAAUUAUGGAAAGAUGUUAAAUAAUUAGAGAUAAAUAAAUUUUCUGAUUUAUUGGAUCAAACUUUGGUUUGUCUUGAUGAGCUAUACACUUAACAGUUAUAUAAUGAAUAGAAAUUGCAAGGAAUGUUAUCUUCUAUGUACAAUUAAAUUAUAAUCAAAUUGCAACAUCUAAUACCCUAAGGGCAAUAAAUAUUUAGCAAUACUCAAUAACAAAAACUUUUAUUAUUGGAAUGUCAGAAAAUGGUUAGGAUGUUUGGAGAAAAUCUAAGGAAAUACUUUGAAUAUGAUUGGAAAAUUAACCCUAAUUUGCAAGAGUUUGAAUAAAUUGAGAAGAGAUUGAGUGAUCUAAUUGAAUUGCGAAGUAUUUAUGAAGAACUGAAGAGAAGCGAUAUUGAUUAAGAUUUCUUUAAGGAAUUAUUUGAAGUCAAUCCAUUUAUGUCAAUAGGUUAGGAUUCUUUGUUUAAUGUUGCCUACAAAAAAGUACUUAAUAACUUAGAGAGUGCUGAAUAAGAUAUCCUAAAUCUCUUAAGGCAAUAGGUGUUUAAAUAGCAAGUCAUGAAGGAAAAUCCACUGUAAACUAUUCGAGAGAUGCAAAGAUGGACUGGAUUACUAUCUAGAAACUCUAUUUAGAAGCACUUUUUAACAGAACGUGAUUCAUUGAUUACUUCAAUAACAAAUAUGAUUUCAAAAAUUGAAUAGGAGUUUAAUACUAGAUCUGGAGCUGCCUUUCUUGAUGAUGGAGAGGAGGAGAAAUUACCUUAUUAGAUUGGGUUCUCUAAAAAUAUUCAUUAAAUUGUAUGGUGUAAAUCAUUGAUUGGAAAAGUGAAGAGAAUCAUUUAAUUAAUUUAAUAAUUAUUUAGUGAUAUUAAGAAAUCUGCUUAAUUUAUAGUUAUGUGUUAAAAUCUUAUAAAAUAAGUUUAAUAAUUUGAAUAGGAAUUAUUUGAUUAGUGGAGAAAAGAAAUUGAUUCGUAGUUAAAGAAGAAUGAAAUAUCAUUACAGAUUUCAGGAAAGUUGAUGGAAAUUGAUAUGUAGGAUGGUUUAGUCAGAGUUAAUUAUUCUGAUAAAUUAGUUUAAUUAAUAAAGGAAGUGAGACAAUUAUGUGAGCUUGGUUAUAGAAAAAGUAUAUCGAAUGAAAUUCAUACAAUUGUAGAAACAGGCAAAAGAUUUUAUAAGGAAGCUCUAACUUUGAAAUCUAUAGCUAGCUUCUAUAAUUAAAUGUCAGACUAAAUUAUUGAAUGUUAAAAACCAAUGCUAGUUAAUUAGGCUGUAAGAUUUGAAGACACUGUUAAGAAUUCAAAAAAGAAAAAUAGUAUUACGUGGGAAAAUACAUAAGAAUUAGAAAAUUAUGUUUAGAAAGUUUAAGAAUCAGCAAAUGAUAUAAUGCAAGAAAAUAAAAGAUUAAGAAAAAACCAUUAAUAGAUAAUUGAUAAUAUUUGUUUGUUGUUUUAGAUUGAAUUGAAAUAAAAGAAUUCUAUGGAAGGAAAAGGUGGAUCAAAUAAAGAAACAUUGACGGUAAAUUCACAGUUGGAUGGAGAACUCAUAUUGAUUUCUAAUUAUACAAAGCGAUUCUAAGAAAUGGAUCAUGCUAUUAAUGAAAUUUAAGCAGAUCUUAUUAUAAAGAAUGGCUAGGUUGCAUAUAAGCCAACUAUUGAAGAAUUAAGAGAGAAAUACUACAAUGAAUUGAAAAAAUAUAUAUAAUAUCCUUCAUAAUUUAUAGGGGUAGGAGGGAAUAAUGAUAUUUACAUGUAGAUGCCUGAGAGAAAUGCUGUGUUUGUUAUAUAAGUAUACGAGAAAAGUGAACAGAUCUUUGAAAAAUUAAUUGGUUUAAGUAGUCAAUAUAUGUGUUGGUCAGUUGUUGCAUAGUUGGAUGCUGAAUAAUUACAAUUAUAAUUGGGUAAUUUGGAAUAAUGGGAGAAUUUCAUGAAAGAAGUUAGACAAAGAAGAAAAGAAUUAGAAAAAAUUAAUGAUUAUUAAAAGAUUGAGUGCUUUAACAUUAAUAUCAGUUUAUUUAAGUAAUAAGUUGAUGAAUUGCUGACCAAAUUAGUGGAUAAUAUGUUGAAUGAAUUGAAAAAUUAAAUUAAAAAUAAUAUAGUUGAAAUUGAACAAUUUUUAAGUGAAACUCAAUAGAAAUUGUCAUAAAAGCCAUAAAAUAUGAAUGAGAUGAAUGAAGCAUAAAAGAAAUAUGUUGAUAUCAAAGCAUAGAAAUUUGAAAUGACUUAGAAAAUGCAAGAUUGCCAAUAAAAACAAAAAUUAAUCAAUUCUUUGAGUUCAUAAUCUCAAGCCUAGAAUCCAAUCUUACUACAAUUGUAAUAAAUAAAUAAGAACUGGGAGAAUUUUGAACUACUGAUAGGAGAUUUCGAUUCAAUUUUAGCUGAGUAGACUAAACAAUUAAAAAAGGAUAUGUAGGCAAGAGCGAAGGAGGUAGAUAGUGAUAUUGAGAAGUUUUAUUCAAGAUAUUCUGCUGUAAAACCAAAAUAAUUGAGUGAAUUAGAUAGAUCAUCAGCAAAUGAUCUAGCCGAGAAUAUGUAGCAAUGGAGAUAAUAAUGGAAACAAUUGGAUGAAAAGAUUUAGACUCUUAUUAAGGAUCAUUAACACUUUGAAAUGGAAGUUCCAACAUUUACUUAAUAUGAUAAGGUUAAGGUUGAAAUGACAGACUCAGAAGUAGUAUGGAGUUAUUAUGAUAAAUUCUAAUAGAAUAUUAAUAAUCUAGGCAAAGAGGAUUGGUUGAGUUUCAGAACUAAAUUAUAUAUGUUUUAAGAGUUAUUGUUACAAGAAUAGGAAUAAAUAAAAGCAGAAUUGGCCAAAGGAACGUUCACUAAAAAAGAGGCAAUCAUAAAUUACAUCUUUUCUUAGAUUGAGUUAUAUCUCAAAAUAAAUCCAUUAUUAAAACUAAUUGUUGGAGAUGCAUUCGAACCUGAACAUUGGACUAGUUUGUUUAUGAUUCUUAAGUUAAAAGAAAUGAAAAAAGAAAAGUUGCUAUUCAAGGACUUACUUAAUUGUGAUAAAUUAGUAUUGGACAAACAAAAUGAUAUUCGAGAAUUGUAAGCAAGAGCAUAAGGGGAAAUUACUUUGAGAGAAGCAAUCUUUGAAUUGAAAACAUGGUGUGAUACUUCAGAAUUCGAUUUGACUGAUUACACUAAUAAUAACAGGGUUACUCCCUUAAUUAAAGAAUGGAAAGAAUUAAUGACAAAAGUUAGUGAUAACCAAUCCUUAUUGGCAUCCUUAAAGGAAUCCAAAUUUAUUAAUAGAUUUAAAGAUUAAGUUGAUUAAUUUGAAUUGAAAUUGGGUGGUAUUGAUGAAUAUUUAUCCAAAUUAUAAAUUAUUCAAAGAAAAUGGGUUUAUCUUGAACCUAUUUUUGUUAGGGGAGCACUACCUUAAGAAUAGGCAAGAUUCAGGAGACUAGAUGAGGACUUCAGAAAUAUAAUGUUGGGAAUCCAAAGAGAUUAAAAGGUGGUUUCUUUGUGUAGUAUUCCAGGAAUCAAGGAUACAUUGGAUACAGUUUUGGAUCAAUUAGAAAGAUGUUAAAAGGCUUUGAAUGAUUUCUUAGAGGAGAAAAGAGGUAAGUUUCCACGUUUCUACUUUUUGGGUGAUGAUGAUCUAUUAGAAAUAUUGGGCCAAUCUUAAAAUCCUCAAGUAAUUUAGAUGCAUCUCAAGAAAUUAUUUGCAGGAAUAAACUCUGUAGAAUUCAGUAAGGAUAAUACUUAGAUUUAUUCUAUGUUAUCAUCCUAAAAGGAAUAAGUUCAAUUUAAUAAUUCUAUUUAAGUAAAUGAGAUAGUAGAGAGUUGGUUGUCAACUUUAAGUCAAUUGUUGAAAUAAUGCUUAAAAGAGUAGAAACAUGGAUUUCAAUAAAUUCCCAUCUUAGAUUCUUUGCUUAUCAGAAGAAAUUAAGUUCACUGA